AUCUCACUCACUCAUUCAGUCACUCAACAACCCCCUAAUCUCUUCAUCCUCAACCUUCCUUUACAUCGUUGCCAAAAGCACUACAACCGUCACCAUGGGAAACGGAGCCAAAGCCCAGAUGAAGCGUGAGCGCAACGCGAAGGACGCUGGCAAGGGUGGCAAGUCGCAGUUGAAGGCCAACGAAGCCGCCAAGGACAUCAUUUGCCAGAUCUGCAGAUCGACCUUCCUCAAGACGGCCAAGGCCCCCGCCCUCACCGAGCACGCCCAGAACAAGCACAGCAAGACCCUCCAGGAGUGUUUUCCCUCCUUCGCUUAGAUCUUCGGAGACAGAAUCGAUGGGUAAGGUGUGGGAUUGUGGGGGCCAGAGCUUGUGAUGGAGACACUACGUGCAUCUGUGCUGGGGAGUUUUUGAGCGACUGUUCUUGAAGUGCAUAUUUCUUGGAGAUGUGGGUGGGGGAGAAUUGAUACCUUUUGCUUUUCUGCGCGACUGUUGCUUUUCACGGCGAGUAUAGCUGUACAUCAGUAUUUGCGCAUUGUAGACAACGGUCACCUUCUGCCUGUGGCUUGCUUUUGCUAUCACUGUCAUCUAGCUGAUCAAGGAGAUCUCCAGCCUGUGUCUGAUGAGUUUUACUUCCCUCGCCAUAGCGUUCAGUAUCGUUUCUUGCAGGCAGGCGGAGUAUAUCGUGAUGAAAUCCUGCGACUAAGCGAUCAUCUGUCCAAAAGGACCCGAUACGCUAUCCAGAAUAUCCGCA